UAACGCUAUGUGCUUUAUCUGGUGUUAAUUAUCUACAACAUUAUAACGUGUUUUCUUAACCAGCGUUUUAUAUCAGCCUAUAUCGUUGGUGUUUUGGAUUAACUAAUGUUAGUCUUAGCCACUGUCAUGCCUAACAGUAAUGUCAUGUGCAAGAUGUGUUGACAUGAGUAAUAUAGAUAUAACGCUAAUGACACGUAUGUUAUUUUAUUCAGUGUCCACUAAAGACAGGCUGUCAGGGCAGGUCGGCAUGAGAGCCUUGUGCUACAGGACAAUGAGGAAGAGCGAGACACCACACAGUAUUACGCUUUCGAUUCAUCGCCAGUGGUGUUGACGCACAGCCAAUGCUCCUGUGUGGCAGGCACUAUUUUGUGCGAUCACAUAGUGGCAUUGCUGUUCCAAACAGCACAUUAUUCUCAGCUAAACAUGCCAGUUGUGCCCCCUGUACAUAGCUGCACAGAAUCUGAACAACAAUGGCACAAGCCGCGAACAAUGGGUGUGAAGCCAGGACCCAUCAACUCCAUGGUCUUCACCAAGCCGGUACCAAAUAGGAUGACACAGACUGGAGUAAGGAGUGGAUUCUACAGAGGCAUGGUGGGUCCAUUACCAGAUCCCUGCAUGUUCAGAAUAACGGAGGCAUAUGCAAAAUUUAGUGUUGAGGACAGGCCACUUGUGACCACGAUGAACAUUGGGCCUGACAAACCCCUUGUGGAAAGUGCCUUCGGGUUAGUGCAGAAGGGCAGUGUUCUGUCAUAUCAGCAGCCUGCUUUGACAUCCCAGCACAUCGCACUACACCAUGACACACCACCAACAAUGCACUUGCCUCUGGAGGGGUACGAUGUCUUGCCAUCUGAUUGCAUGUUUGUGUGCUCAGAAGAGGAACUACUACAUCUCAGCAGCAUUGCUUUAACUAUAGAAAUGGCUCACAAAAUUGAAGAGGCUACACGUGAGCAAAGCUCUUGCUCUGAAUGGCAUCUGCUCCGCAGACCCAGGGUGACCGCCUCUAGGUUUCAAGAGGUGUGUCAUGUCAGGGGCCAGAGCUCUGCAGAGUCACUUGCAGAGCAAAUCAUGAAGGGAACAAGGCAGAUGGCCGACAUGAGGAGAGGUGCUGAGAUGGAGCCUGUAGUAACAGCUGAGUACAGUAGGCUACUAAAUGUUAAUUACUCACCCUGUGGUCUUGUCAUUCAUCCCACUACAUCCUGGCUUGCUGCCUCCCCCGAUGGCAUUGUUUUUGACCACACUGAAUACCCCCAAUUUCAAAUGUCGUACAGGCAAAACAAGACUUUCGUUGUCUUUAGUUUUUUGAUCCAGCACGACAACAGGGAAACUGCAACACCGAGUUUGUGUUUCAUCCAUCGAUCGUCUGUCAUUAUCUUAUCUGUAGGCUGAAUAAUUUGGCUAAUGAAUUUUGAGGACAACAUAUCUCCAUGGCAACUUGUCUCUCAGAAUUUCCGGUGAAAGGAAACAUUUAUUUCCUGUAUACCGGUAGUUGAAUUAAAAAAAAACAUACAGACAUAUGUUAUGACCCAUUUCUCUGUAAAAAGGGUCACGCACACCCCGCACACAAAAAUAUAAAUAGAAGACUGGUCUAUUUUAGCAAAUCUGCGCGGCGCUUGCGGAGCACUUGCGCGCUGCUCUCACGUCUGGUGUAGCCACUUCCAUUGAUUACAAUGGAAUCUAUCGUUGCAACGUGCGCUCAACGUGCGCUGCGCUUCAGUUGCGUGUCCAGUGUACCCACAGCGUUACAGUUCAUUUUUCAUUCAUAUGUUUUUUCCGCCAAUAUGUUAUAUGCACAUUGCACAAUAUGUUACAAUGUUCAUUUUUACAAAUGAAUAUAUAAUACAUACAACAUAUGUCAAUGAAAUGUUAAGAGGGAACAACUGAUUAACAGAACUUUACAUCCAACGGUUUGCCUACAUUGAUGUUUGUGUACAUAAGAUUUACAGAAUGUUUCACACAAUUAUUUGCCACUGGAAUAAACAAAAUUCACUAAAUGAAAUUAUAAAAACCUGGUGUUGGAACCAAUGCUUUACUUAACCCAUGCCUUAACUAAUGCCUGGUUUUGGUAGUUUGACAACAGGCAUGCCACUGUAAACAUUUGGCUAAUGUUUCCUGCAUGGGAAAGGGGGAUGAUUUCAUCAAACCAUUUGUUUUGUUUAAUUCUCCUAAUGACUCGUUCCACAUGUACUCGGAGUCGUGCUAUUGAUUGGGUUUCAGUAACCUGGUAUGCAGGCAUCUGAUUUUGCUUGGACAGAAAUGGUGGGCAGUAUAUUUUGCAGUUAUCACAACCAUUAAUGAGGAAGGCCUUGUCAACCAUGACUGCCAUUUCUUCCGUGAGCAAAUUGGCUAAUCCAGACUGUAUGAACAGCUCUUUGUCACUCACUGACCCAGCGUAAAGUGAGGAGACAAAUGUGACUACACCAUGUGGGGCUAUGCCAAUCAGGCCUUUCAUGGUGCCGUGAGAUUUGUAGGUGGAGUACAUCUCACUUUGCAGGAGUGGUGAGGAUGGUGUCUGACACUUGAGCUCAGUGCAGUCCAAGAUGACCUGGGUGUCUGGGAAAUCUCGGAAUUCCUCAGGAAGGUAAGCUUGCACUUCUGCAGGUGUGAGCCAGAUGCAUUGAGACCCCAGUGCAGUGGCUAGAAAACUUGUCCAUGUUGCAAUAAUGCAGCUCACUGUGGACUGGUGUAUGUGGAAUCGAUGCGCCAGGUCCCUCUCCUUCAAACCAACCGACAGGAAGACGAGGAAAAGAAAGAACUCGUCGAUUGGCUGGAGCAGCUGUCUCUGGAAGGUUAAAAAAAAAAGAUUACUCCUUUUCAUUUAUAAACUAGUAAGGCUGUGCUCUUGUUUGGCUAAAUGUUUUAUAAUAGUUAUGUGCACCAUACCAUGGGGAAAACAGUGAGUUGCUGUAAUGCACUGGUGUAUUUAAAGGGGGCCGAGUCCUUUAGUGUAGCCUUCUGUACAUGCAAUGGCGUCCCACCCCUGUUUGUUACUACAAAGCACAUUCAGACCAUAACCUACCGUUGAUGGACGUGCAGGUGUGGCCACUUCUUCGUUUCGCUUGGCAGCCGAUUUUGCUCUUGAGACCCAAAUCAUUCUGUAAAUGGAAGGCUCAAUCAAACCCCAAAACGCCAUCAGGUGGUCAUAGCUUGGAAAUCUAUUCACAAAAUACGCAUACAUCAUGUCAGUCAUUAAUUAACAUAGUAAAUGCAAUC